CGCCGGGCCAGACCGGGGCGGCGCUGGCCGCCUCGCGGGCCGCGGGUCCGCCUCCGCCGCGCCGAGGGCGUGGGCUCCCAGCUCCCGGAAGCGGCGGCCGCGGCGCGGAGCCGAGCGGGCGUCGAUCCCCGGAGCAGCAAUGCGUGGCGGCCGCCCCUUGUGACCUGAGCGUGGCGGCCGGGCUAGGGCCGCUGAAUGGCGGCUCGCUGAGGCGGCGGCGGCUGUGGCUGCUCCGGGCGUGGCGUGGCGUGGCGUGGCGGCUGCCGGGGUGAUGCUGCUCAAGCUCUUACAGAGACAGACCUAUACCUGCCUGUCCCACAGGUAUGGGCUCUACGUCUGUUUCGUGGGCGUCGUUGUCACCAUCGUCUCCGCCUUCCAAUUCGGAGAGGUGGUUCUGGAAUGGAGCCGAGAUCAGUACCAUGUUUUGUUUGAUUCCUACAGAGACAAUAUUGCUGGAAAGUCCUUUCAGAAUCGGCUCUGUCUGCCCAUGCCAAUCGACGUGGUUUAUACCUGGGUGAAUGGCACAGAUCUUGAACUACUGAAGGAGCUACAGCAAGUCCGAGAACAGAUGGAGGAGGAGCAGAAAGCAAUGAGAGAAAUCCUUGGGAAGAACGCAACAGAACCAACCAAGAAGAGCGAGAAGCAGUUGGAAUGUUUGUUGACAUACUGCAUUAAGGUGCCAAUGCUCGUCCUGGACCCAGCCCUGCCAGCCAGCGUCACACUGAAGGACCUGCGAUCUCUUUAUCCUUCUUUUCAUUCUGCCAGUGACGUAUUCAACGUUGCAAAACCAAAAAACCCUUCCACUAAUGUCUCAGUUGUUGUUUUCGACAGUACUAAGAAUGGUAAGAUCACCUUAUGGGUAUUUGAAAAUCAUGUUCUCAUUGGCAGUUUGAAUAACAAAAUUCUGAAUGGAACAGACAUGAUUCAAUUUUAAAGAAGUGUCCGCUAAACUAAAAACAUAACAAGAGAGGCAGAAGAGCUGCCGCUGUAUUUCAGCCCUAACUUCAGAAAGGGAUUUAAUACAUUUUACUCUGUGUAAUACACUUGUCUUUCUGUGCUGUGGUCAGGACCUUAACUUUGUUAUGUAGAUUAACCUUAUUCUCUAGCCUCUGAGUCAUUGUGGAGGCUUAUUAUUAUUAUUAUUAUUAUUACCACCAUAUAACUCUUCAGCAAGGUUGUUUUCUACAGUAUGGACAGAACAUACCUGGAACAUUCUUACUUUACGUCCUGAAAUAACUGGUUAUACAGUUGAUUUGGCCAGAUAAUAGAAUUGAAAUUGUAAUUUCCGGCCUAGAACAAUACCUGCAUCUAGAGAUCCCAUCCUCCUACUUGGCCACUGCGUUGCUGAGCCCCAUGCCUGUGUCUCCUCUGGUAUGCUGUCUCUCAUGCUUCCUCUGCACUGAGCAGAGUCUCCUUAGAGGCUCUAUGUUUUUCACUUGUGUAAAAUGAAAGCUGUCACAUUCCCUUUAUAGCAUUGAGGCCUAGUCUCAAGUUCCCAUUCUUUCAGUGUCAUACCUCCCAGCUUAAAUCUUUGGAAGUAUCUUCGAUGUGUUCUUGCUUUUUAAUCUCCAUCACCAGUAUAUUGACCUCACCCUAUUACUUUUGCUUUCUGCAAAUGAUUCUCCCCUUUCUUACUCAUCUCACCUCCCCCACACCAGACCCAAUUUCUUCACACAGGCUCCAGUGAUAGCCGCCUAGCUGCUCUGCCUACCUACCUAUAAAGUUCUUCUCCAGUCUGUCCUGCACAUAACUGUAAAUAAAUCAGAAAGCUCUGAUUUUAUUGGUUCGCUCCUUUUUGAAGACAAUACAGUAGUAUUUGUUUUUCACACGAUAGAGAAUCCUUUUCCCUGGUGUUCAGGACUCAGCUUUGAUUGCCUUGACUCUGCCCAUUGUUCCUCACAUUCCAGCCCUCCAGCAUCUCCUCGAGGCUGCCCUUGUCAUCACACGUGGUGCUGCUCUCCUGGUCCCCUUUCUCUCCUAGCCUAUCUCCUGUUCUUUCCCACCCCAUCUCGAGUUCUGUCUCCAUGAAGAUCCCGAGCAGUGCAUUCACAGUGAUUCUAUUUAUUUUGACUUUUCUGUAUCCCUGUACUUGUCACCCGACUCACAACUUAGUUGUUGGUUGUGCAGGAGUUUAUGGUAUUUUCAUCUAAUUUUUUAAUCGAGCAGAAACCUUAUCACUUACCAAUUUGUGUCCUGAACAUUAUCUAACAUCACACUAUCUUCCUGGUACUUAAUGAGGUAUUUGUAACUUGAAAGGAAAUUCAAGUUUCCAAGUUAACCUUUCUAAGUAUAGAUAUCGUCCCUUUAUGCUAUAGAUUUGUUUCUGAACUGUUUUGUAUAAAAUAUUUUUGUUUUUAAGUUACAGUUUAAAUAUAUAGGGAAAGUAAAGGGAUAAUCUUGGACAAAUUAUAGCAAAUUAAUCUGUUUUCUUGUUUGGCUAAAUUCAGCUUUGUUAUGUACGUAUGUAUAUAUGUAUGUAUGUAUGUAUUUCAUUUUGAGAGAGAGAGAGUGUGGGAGGGACAGCGAGGGAGGGAGAUGGAGAGAGAAUCCCAAGCAGGCUCCACACUGGCAGCACAGAGCCUGAUGCGGGGCUUGAACUCAUGAACUGUGAGAUCAUGACCUGAGCCGAAAUCAGAUUCUCAACCAACCGACUGAGCUACCCAGUCACCCCUAGCUUUGUUCUUUAAGUAACUAUAGUUAAGGUGCUCUGAUAACAUUCCAUCUGAAGAGAAAAAGGAAUGACAUUAUGUUAAGAAUCAUAAUAAUUCAGUUAUAAUAUCUAUGGAGAGAAUCUUGGGUUUUUCCUCUGCGAAUUUUAUAACAUGGUAAAGACUUAAGAGGUUGUAAAUUUUGAUAUAAAUAAAAUCUGUAUUAAACUAGAGUCUUCUAAACAUUGUUUUUGAAUUCCCACCUGGGUUUCUGUUUGCCUGCCCUACUUACUCAUUUGUUGAGUAAAGAUUUGUUGGGCCAUUGCGGUUGUUCCAGGAAAAAGGGAAAUGGCAGAGAACAAAAAAGACACAUCCCUACCUUCACGGAGCUCAUAUUUCUAGUGCGCCGUAGACACAUUCUUUAUCCUCAAUUAUCUAGAUGAAGGAUUGCCAAAUUCUUUCUUAAAGGAUCAGAUAAUAAACAUUUUGGGCUUUAUGGGCCAAGAGGCAAAAUGGAGGAUAUUAUGUAGGCAUUUAUAUAAGUAUUUAACAUUUAGCCUUGUUAAGAUGUCAAAACUGUCCUUCACUUGGGGCUGUACUAAAACAGGCAGUGGUUAAGUUUUGGCCAUGGAAUGCCGACCCUGAUCUCGAUAAAACAUUUGUUCCACAUUUGAUGUUCCAUUUAUCUCAUUUAACCUCUUUUCAGUUAAUUAUCAAAAAUUGUUGACUUUUUUUCUCUUUAUGAAAUACGUCAUUUCUGCCCCUCCGAUGACUCUGCUACCCUAUCGAGUGGACAGUACUUCAACAACCACACAGUCUAGCCCUGUAGCCUGGGCCUGGGUUUCCUCAGCAAAGUGGUGUUUCCAGUUAAGCUUACUCCCUUUGAUCUAGAGGAAUUGAAUUUUCUCCUGUGAUAGAUCACUUUACCUCUUGACUACACUGACCUUUACAAGGAAUUAUAAAGUGUUUCCUUGUAGCUUUCUCAUGCUGGUUAAACUUGUACCCUUUGGAAUCUUACAGAACUAAUGUAAUAUACUCCCUUUCCCAUGUGACAUUUCUUUUCAUUCUUACUCCUUUAGCUGUCUCUUAGGGGCUUGUGUUCUAGUUUGUUCUUCUCAGAAUGAGCUUUAGUUUCUGUUACUUUUAUAGUGUGUCAAGUAGAAUAGAACCUUUUUUUUUCACUGUGGUUCAGUCUGCAAAGAGAGUGGGUCUGUUCAUUCAGUAAGUAUUUAUUAUUGAGUGCAUACUUUGUGCCAGGUACUUUUCUCAGUGCUGAAAAUGCAGCAGUGAAGAGUGAGACAAAAAUCUUUGCCCUCAUUGAGUUUACCUCUUGGCAGAAGGAGACAGACAAAUACAGCAUACAAAUAAAUUAUAUAGUUUGUAGGAGACAACUGGUGUACAGAAAAAUUGAGCAGGGGAAAUCGAGUGAUAGGGGCAGACUCACUGAGAAGGUGAUUUUUGAGUGAAAAUUUAAAGUAGGUGGGAGGACCAGCAACAUGAAUAUAUGGGGAAGGAGUGAUUCACUUAAGUGGAAUAGCACUGCAAAGUCCCUGAGGCAGGAGUGUGUCUGGCGGGGAGGCUGGUGUGGCUGGAAUAGGGUGAACAAGGGAGAGGGGCAAGAGAUAAGCCUAGAGAAGUAAUGGGGAACAUAGGGGGUCUGCCCUGGCAGCCAUGGUGAGGACUUUGGCUUUAACUCAGAGUGCAGUGAGCAGUCAUUAGAGGGUUUGAGUACAGGAGUGAUAUGAUCUGACUGAUGUUCCAAAAGGAGCAGUCUGGCUGCUGUGGUAGGAAUAAACUGAGGAGAGGCAAAGAUAGAAUCAUUCAGGCAAGAUUCAGGCAAGAGGGAAGGUGACUUGGAUCAGAGUAGUGGAGAGAACAGGUUGGAUUGAAGGUCAGUCUAACAGGAUUUCCUGAUGGGUUCAUGGUGGGGAAUAGAGCCCCGCUUUCGGUGAGCCCCAGUUCCUUCUCUCUCUCUCUCUCUCUCUCUCUCUCUCUCUC